AUGACUAGUCUUGAACUUGGUCGUGUGUCAAUACAAAAAUACGCUUUUGAAGUUGUUCAUCACGAGAUUGAUGAACGGCUGUUACCCCUUUUAGCAUCUGUCGUGGGUAAAGAAGAUGGAAUCUUGGAUUUACAAGAUGUUUUUAAAAGAUUUUCCUUUGAUAGUAUUUGCAGAGUUUCAUUUGGGUUGGACCCAAAGUGUCUUGAUCUAUCCCUCCCAAUAACAAAAUUCGCAGCCGCCUUCGACCUAGCAUCGAAGCUGUCGGCUGAAAGAGCCAUGACGGCUUCGCCACUUCUUUGGAAGAUGAAGAGGUUGUUCAAUAUUGGAAGCGAGAAAAAACUUCAUAACGCAAUCAAGAUAAUCAACUUGUUAGCUCAUGAAGUCAUUAGGCAAAGGCGAAAAUUCAGGUUUUCCGAGGAGAAAGAUCUUCUUUCAAGAUUUAUGGUCACUGUCAGUGAUGAAAAUUACCUUAGGGAUAUUGUGAUAAGCUUCCUCUUGGCUGGCCGUGACACGGUGGCAUCAGCCUUGACGAGCUUUUUCUGGUUGAUGGCAAAGCACCCCGAGGUGGAGACAGCUAUUCUGGUCGAGGCUGAUCGAGUAAUUGGCCAAAACAAAAAACUCACAAGCUACAAACAACUCAAAGAACUUCACUAUUUGCGUGCUGCAGUAUAUGAGAGCAUGAGAUUGUAUCCACCAAUCCAAUUUGAUUCAAAAUUCUGUUUAGAAGACGAUGUUUUGUCAGAUGGUACUUUCGUUAAAAAGGGUACUAGAGUUACUUACCAUCCAUAUGCCAUGGGCAGAAUGGAAGAGAUUUGGGGGUCAGAUUGCUUGGAAUUCAAGCCAGAAAGAUGGUUGAAGGACGAAGGCGUUUUCUUUCAAGAAAACCCUUUUAAGUACCCAGUUUUUCAAGCUGGAGUUAGGAUUUGUUUAGGUAAAGAAAUGGCACUUGUGGAGCUCAUUAGUGUUGCACUUUCAUUGCUGAGGAGAUUUCGUAUUGAACUAGCCCAACUGCAGACCACUCCGCAGUUCUCUCCAGGCCUCACUGCCACUUUUAGGGGCGGUGUACAGGUCUUGGUCCGACCACGUACAGCUCCAUCCUAG